CUUAAACAGUUCAAACUUCUUCCUAUAUUUGCGUACUACAUAAACUUUCCAUCAAACCACCAUUUUCAAAUUUUCAUCACUCACUAUUUUCUCUCUCCAAAAUCCAAACAACCGAGAAAGAAAAAAAUAUGAAUCCAAACUCCAUCACCACCACACCCCACCAAAACCCUAACCCAAAUCGCAAACGCACUUUCACAGUUAACUUCUUCUCAACCAAAAUCCACACUGUCGUCACCUCCACCCCUGCCGUCGCACGUAAGUGGGUUCACUCUCUUCGCUACCACCACCGCAACUCUCUCCCACACAUAGGGCUCGGCGUUCAAUGGCGCCCCACUUACUCCGCUGACUCCGCCGCUACUCUCCAGCUCUGCGUCGACGACGACUGCCUCAUCUAUCAACUCGCGCACGCCACCGCCGUACCCGCCGCCUUGCGCCGCCUCCUCGCAGACGACCGAGUGACAUUCUUUGGGGUUCACAAUGGAAGGGACAGGAAGCUUCUUGAAGAGUCGGAGCAUGAGUUAGAGGUUGAGUGUUUGGUGGAUUUGGCUAAGAAGUAUGGGUAUGGGAAUUGGUCCAUGCAAGAUAUGGCGGCGAAAGUGUUGGGUAAGUAUGAUGUUGUUAAGCCUUAUUGGUUGGGUGUUAGUGAUUGGGAUGAUUAUUGGUUGAGUAAUGAACAGAUUCAGUAUGCUUGUGUUGAUGCUCAUCUUUCUUAUUGUCUUGCUUGUGCUCUCGAUGAUGAUGACGACGACGAUGAUGAUGGAUGUGAUUCUAUGGAGUAUGAUAGUGAUGGUUCUGGGUAUUAUUGAUAGAUGUAGUUGUUUUUGUUCAUGUAAUCAAAUAAUCGAUACUAUAUGGUAUGGUUGAUUAUGAUUACAAUUUA